UUGGACAAAAAUGGAAAAAAGCGUCUCAAUUUCAUAACUAGAAUGUAUGAACCUUAUGUCUCUUUUUGGAAGAAACGUUUGCCAUAUAUGAUUCUCUCGGGUUCUCUGGUUCUAUUUUUCCUAUCAAUUUUAAUAGGUGUCGUAUUUGGCAUUAUUUUUUACCGAGUCUCCGUUAAAACUGCCCUCUCAGAGGACCUCGAUCCUAAAAUAGGAAAAUACUCGUCUUUAAUCAGCGCAUCAAGUGCUUCUUUCAUAAAUGUUAUUUUUAUCAUAAUUUUCAACUGGGUCCAUACCAAAGUGGCUUAUAAAUUAACUGAAAUGGAGCUACCUCGGACGCAAACUGAAUUUGACAAUAGCUUAACGCUUAAAUUAUACGUUCUAGAGUUUGUCAACUAUUACUCGUCGCUUUUUUACAUAGCAUUCAUAAAAGGACGUUUUGUCCGUCAUCCCGGUGACCUGUUUGAACCAGGACUUCUUAAUAAAGAGCAAUGUGGCCUCGGAGGAUGUUUCGUUGAGUUAACAAUUCAAUUGGCAUUCAUAAUGAUAGGAAAACAAGCAAUUUUUGCAUUACUUGAAAUGCUUCAACCUUGGUUUGAAAAGAAGAAGCUUGAAAAAAUUAUCAACUUUAAUCCAAAAGAUAUACUUCUUUUACCUCAAUGGGAAGCUGAUUACCCACUGAACAAUUGGGAAGCAACUGCACUAUUUUACGAAUACCUGGAAAUGAUAAUCCAAUUCGGAAUGGUUACAAUAUUUGUUGUUGCUUUUCCUUUGGCCCCAUUAUUUGCCCUGAUUAACAAUGCUUUUGAAAUACGAUUGGAUGCACGAAAAUUUCUAUCUCAUUACAAAAGACCUGUUGCUGUCAGAAUUAAAGACAUCGGUGUUUGGUUUCACAUAAUUAAUGCUCUUGGAAAACUCUCUAUUCUCACAAGUGCACUAACCAUUGCCUUUACUUCAAGUCUAGUACCUAAAACAUAUUACUAUUUGAAAAAUGGAUCUCUUGAUGGUUUUAUAUCCUGGUCUAUCUCAUAUUAUGAGACUAAAAAUUUACCCCAGAAUCUCACCGAUUUCAUCAGGCAGAAUAACCUUUCUCUUAAUUCCUCAACAACAUGUGCCUACUCAGGUCUCCGUCAUCCUCCAGGAGGAAGUGAACAGUACAAACCAACAGAAGAGUUCUGGGAAAUCUUGGCCUACCGGUUAAUAUUUGUAGUUAUUUAUCAUAAUACAAUCCUGUUGUUUGAUACUCUACUUGACUGGAUAAUAGCUGAUGUUCCCAAAAAAUUGUACCGACGAAUACGACAAAAUACCUAUUUGACGAACGAGUUUAUUAUUGCCCAAGAAGCGAUAAAAACUGAAAAUGAUAACAAAAAAUCAUCAACAAUAUAAUAUUUUAGCCUGAAAACAUUAAAAUGUACGAAAAUGAAUGCUAAAAAAGCCUUUAAUAUGAUAAAUUAUCUCAAAAACUGUUGAAUCUUAAAAAACAA